AUGACUGUCAUUCACAUUGUCCUCUUCAAGUUUCGCGCGGACGUCGACGAGUCACAUCGCGAGACGUUUGUCAAAGAACUCAAAGCCCUCAAGACAUUACCAUGCGUCAAAGAUGAGCGGCUUGUCGUGGGGGGACCGUCGAUUACGGAUCCGAUUGCGAGGAGUAAAGGCUUUCAAAUUUGUCUGUUGAGUUUUCACCAUGAUAAGGCUGCACUGGCGGCGUAUCAGGCGAGUAGUGAACAUCACAGGGUUACAAGUCAAUAUCUCUGGCCUUUUGCAGAGGACGUGACACGCUUCGACUUUGAAGUUGCAGAGGAGGAUGAGGAUACAUUUGAGAAGAGCUUCAACUUGUCUAGCCAAUAAGCAUAGAACCUACUUAGACGGAACUCGCAAUAGAAUGUUAGACCAACC